AUGGUCUUUCCGUUCAUGACCAGCAUUCAGUUUGUCCUCUACAUGGGAUGGUUAAAGGUGGCCGAGGCUCUGCUCAACCCAUGGGGUGAAGACGACGAUGACUUCGAGACGAAUGUGCUUAUCGACCGAAAUUUAGCGAUGGGCCUAAAAAUUGUCGAUGAGGGAUACGGUCGAACCCCUGAGCUACGAAAAGACGCGUUUUGGGACGAUGAAUGGGUUCCAUUGUAUUCAGAGGAAAGUGCUUGGGAGAAGAAGUACACUCAACAUGAAGGAUCGCUUAGUCACAUCAAACUGGAUAAGUCGAUUUCUCAAAUUCGCAUGGUACCACUUCAAAGAAGUCAUCCAAGCGAUUCAGUGCUGCGUAGACGCUUUAGUUCCGCUAUUGAGAGGAUUGUGCCAGUAAAAAACGCUGACACCACGAGUCGCUCAUCGGUAGGAUCGUUCAUCAGGUCGUCGUCAAAGAUAAGUUUUCACGGCGGUGACGACAGGAAGAUGUCUCGAAAGCUCUCCUUAGCGAACUUUCUCGACGGUUUUCGACAUCCCGCGAAAGAGACGCCGAUGCGAAUGUCGAGUUGCGACAGCAGCGAGCCGCCGACGUCUGCGGCGACAGCGAUAGCGAGCGACAGCUGCCCGCGAAUGGCUCUAGACUCGUCAGCGAGCGGAUUAACUCUGAACCAUCACGAUGGCGACACCAUGCACGGUGCGUCGCCGCUGGCCAGUGGUCAGUUGUCGCGCGUGAUGUCGGACGAUAGCAAUGGCGGGAUGCAAAUGUUCUCCAUUGGUGAACGCGAUAUUCGCAUUGAGAGCAGGAAGAACCAUAAUGCAUGA